CACAACAUUAUACAUGCAUUGCGAACAACAAAACUACAAAAGGCAACUGAUAAAAGUGACAUAGUUUUUGGUGCCUACAAAAAGUGUUUUUAAUUUUUUUUUGGGAUGUUGUAAUUUUUUUAUUCGAUUCUUUCCUUCCAAAAAAUAAAAUUUUAUUCGAUUCUUUAUUUUUAUUUUUAUUUUUAUUUUUUAUUUAAUUGUGUGCAAUUAAUUCUCAAUUAAACUCUUCACUCCCUCAGUAGUCAGUUCAUCCAUUCACUCUGUUUCUCUUUCCUUAAUAAAUUCCUCUGUUAUUUCCCCCAAAUUAUAAUUCAUAAAAAUUCAAUAUCUCAAGGAGAAAAAACCCAAUUCAAUUUCAUCAUCUCUCACAUUCUUGUUUGAUCAUAAUUUGCCCAUGCAAGGGGAAAUUCCAGUGAAGAAUGAAGAAGAUAGUGGCGGGAAGAAUUCAUUGUUAAUGGAUGCAGUAGAGCUAGAGAUAGAUAAGGAGAAGAAGAAGAUUAGGGAAGAGAUCAUUGCUGCUGAGAUCAUUGGGCGUCGAAAACUCGAAGCCGAGGUUAGAAUGGAGCUUAUGAUGGAGGAAGAAAUCAUGGGUAUGAGGCGUUUUUAUAGGGAUUCUAAUUGUGUUGAUCCUUAUAUGUUAAUGAAUUAUUCAUCAGGGUUUUCGGGUUUUCGAGGCGGAUCGUCUUAUUUGCAUAAUAAUUUGCUUAAUGUAGGGAAUUCUGUUGAUGAAAUUGGGCAGAAAAUGAAUUUGGUUGGUGGAAUUGAUGAUGAUUCAUUGCAAAUUAAGAGUAAUGUGUUAAAUGAUGAUCAUGUUGCUUUGCGGAAAUGGCCUGUUGAACGUCACCCGAGUUUGGUUGGUGCUCAGUUUGCAGGAAAUUCUAUGGCUGAUUUUGGUGGGAAUGAACAGCAAGUGUUGGGUCAGGCUAUGCCUAGUUCAGGCAUCUCUGGCAUAAAAAGGAAAGCUGAAACAUCAGUACCUGUAAGUGACGAAGAGACUGCUUCUGUUGCAAGUAAGGACUUGCAGAAGAAGAAAUGGAAUUGCUCCUUGUGUGGAGUUUCUGCUACAUCAGCAGGAGGGUUGAAUCUGCAUUUACAUGGGAAGAAGCACAAAGCAAAGGAAGCUGCGACUAAAUCUGGCGACACAGCCAGCAUUAAUAGCACGGAAAAUAAUUCCGUUGAGAAUUCAAAGCAGCCUAUGAAGCAAGCAGCAGAAAGCUUGGCGCAGUCUGAGGAGGAAGUGAAAAACCAUGUGCUUCCUGUGGAGGAAGAGCAAAAUCAAGAACAACCAAUGGAUGAAGAAAAAAGCAAUGUGCAGCCAAUGGAGGAAGAAAAAAAGCAAUGUGCAGCCGAUGGAGGAAGAGAAGAGCCAAGUUACCACAAAAUGGGAGUGCUCUUUGUGUCAAAUAUCUGCUACUUCUGAGAUACUCCUACAUAGUCAUCUCCAAGGAAAGAAGCACAAAGCAAAGGAGGCUAGGCUUGGAGUUAGUCAAGGAAUGCGUGCUGAACCAGCAAAGGGAAAGAAUGAAAACAUACACAAAUGGUACUGUUCAUUAUGCCAAGUAUCGGCUGCAUCAGAGAAAAACUUGAAUGAUCAUCUUCAAGGAAAAAAACACAAGGCUAAGGCAGGGUUGGCUCAUCAAGAGGAUGGUAAUGGGGAUUCUGAUUCAGUUGUCAGAGAAAAGAGCUUGGAGAGCGAGGAGGGCCUCAAUAAUGAACAAGAAAUAACUAAUGCAAGUACGAAGCCAGGCAAAAGCCAAGCAAGUGAGCAAGAAAAAGUCAACACACUGAACACUGUGAAGAUUGGAUUAGAUAGGGAUGAAGCAGAGACAGAAGAAUUGAAAAAAAGUGGUCAUAGUCAGGAGAUGAAUGGGAAACCUGUGAAGUUAUGGCACUGCAAGAUGUGCAAUGAAGGAACUUACGAUGAAGCAACAAUGGCUAAUCACAGAAAGAGUAGUAAACACAUGAAAUUACUACGAGAGAUUGGCGGUGGUCUCAUAGUUGUGUCAAAUGUGCCGAAAGAAGCAUCAGAAGGUGGGCAAGGUUCCCAAGAUGCAGCAGUAGAAUGUUGAGCAAUAUGGGAACAAAAAUUGAUCUGACAGUGGUGAACUAAACAGAGCAAAAAGCUAAUUUAAGGUAGUUAGAAAUUUCUCAGUAUAUUUGCUCUUAUCUUUUUUCUGUUUUAUUUAGAAUUUAGCAAAGGUUUCUACCUUUGGCCACGGAAAUAUGCUUCCAUUUCACGGCAAUUGGCACUUCUAACUACUCCGUAGUUGUCAAUAAGAAGGAAUCACAGAGAAAUGCAGUUGUUUUGGAAUAUAAUAGUCUUCUUGCUA